GCAGGGUUCUUCUGGUAGUAUGCCGGCGUUGGGUGCGUCUGUCAUGUUUGUCGAUUGCUCAUGAGAUUUUCCGCGACGGAGCCAUAGCGUAGCGGGAUGUUCCCGUGUAACGAGUAUGAACGGAAAUUUUUGGCUCAACAUAAUCCGGGAACUUCACCGCAAAAAGCACAGGGACAUUCGCCGCGUAUUACACCAACAAAAUAUCGCCCGGAUGGCGGUGAUCGUUAUAUACCUAUUCGACAAAGUAGUGCAGAGUGGGCAACAAGAUUCGCUGCAAUUGCAUCAUCGUCGCCGGAUGCGCCUAAUCUCUUCAAGAGACCUGUUACGGGAAUACAAGGGACGUCGAUCGGUGCAUCUAGUAGCGGAAAUGUGGCAAAUGUACAGGCGGCUCCAGCCACAAGUGCUAUUGAUGAUUCUCGUAUGGAUUCUGCAGCACAUCGAGCUCUGCUAAGAAACGAACUUCUAAGCGAUAACAUUGACGAUAUUAGAACAGAUCUUGAAGGUUUCGAUACAGGUCGGCUACGCGAUAGUCCUAGCGGUGGUCUUUUCAAGUUCGGACAACGAACGCCAACAAAAUAUGGUGAUGCAUCAACAAGUCAUGCUGCACGUUGUCUGUUUGGUGGGCCUCCAUUAAGCGAAGGGAGCCAACGCCUUCUCAAAUCGCCCCGCAAACCACAACGUAAAGUACCUAAAAAUCCAUAUAAGGUUUUGGAUGCACCUGAGUUGCAAGAUGAUUUUUAUCUGGAUUUGGUGGAUUGGUCAUCGCAAAAUAUGCUUUCGGUUGGAUUACAUACUUGUGUGUAUCUCUGGAGUGCGUGCAACAGUCAAGUUGUAAAACUUUGCGAUCUUGCAACUGAUGGUGACAGUGUAACAUCUGUUCAGUGGGCUGAUAAAGGUGAUUUACUGGCUGUUGGUACAAAUAAAGGCAUCACACAGAUAUGGGAUGUUCAUGCUCAGAAGAGGCUUCGGGAGCUCACUGGACAUUCAUCAAGAAUUGGUUGCUUAGCAUGGAAUACGGAUUUGGUAUGUUCGGGCUCUAGAGAUCGUUUCAUUAUACAAAGAGAUAUCCGUCAACCAGCACAAUAUGCUGAACGAAGGCUUAAUGCUCAUCGACAGGAAGUUUGUGGGUUGAAGUGGUCUCCUGAUAGACAAUAUUUGGCAUCAGGUGGCAAUGAUAAUCAAGUGUUGGUGUGGAGUUUGAGAAGAAAUGACCCUUGUCAGGUAUACACGGAGCAUAAUGCAGCAGUGAAGGCACUGGCGUGGUCUCCACAUCAUCAUGGUCUUCUCGUUUCUGGCGGUGGCACCGCUGACCGAUGUCUUCGUUUCUGGAAUACAUUGACGGGGCAGUCCCUACACUGUAUCGAUACUGGUAGCCAGGUGUGCAAUGUGGCGUGGUCGAAACACAGUUCAGAGCUGGUGUCAACACAUGGUUAUUCGUAUAACCAAGUUAUCAUAUGGAAAUACCCGUCUUUGCAACCAGUCACGAAACUUACGGGGCACCAGUACCGAGUGCUGUAUUUGGCGAUGUCUCCGGAUGGCGAAUCAAUUGUGACAGGUGCUGGUGAUGAAACCCUACGUUUCUGGCAUGUAUUUAGCAAAAUUGGGCAGCAAAAAGUUGUUCGGUCGAAGUUGAAUCUGCUGUCGAGUAUUCGUUAAGCUCUUUGCUUAUCUCAAGGGUUUUUCAGUUUCUUAUCCUGCAAGCUUUAUUUGAUGGUCAUGUUAACCGCAUCUGGUUCUGAGUCUAAAUGAAGCUCGAUGUGACCAAGGAACCUAUGUGCAGAAUCGUCUUCCUUUCUGUCUUUCAAUCCGUUUCUUUUCUUGCCUUAUAUUUUAGAAUAAAUGUGUUUUAUAAACGGUAGGCAUUAUUUUUAUUAGAGGUAUAAUGGUUUGGUAUUGCAAUGGUGUGUUAGCCUUUAUCCAAUCACUUGGUUGACGUUCCCUCUGUACAUGCUCAUUUCGUUUCCAUUCAUUUACACAAAUAGUCAGGUCGUCAAGGAUUAUGAGUAUUCUGCACUGAUCAUACGAGAAGAUUCACUCAUCCAUCGUAUAUUUUCUCAUUUCUAGUCUAUAAGUAAUGCUUUUUGUGUAAUCAGUCCAAUAAUUACAAUAUUUCCAUGUUAACUGAGCUUCUCAGGACUGCAUAUGUGAUAGUGUCCAGUGCGCAGUUACCGUUUCAUAUUGUUAUCAACUAUUUUUACGUUCACAGAUUUUAUUUUCGAAAUAAUUCACAUUGUUUACCAUUCGUAAGACAAGUGUUCAUUCUGCUGGAUUCAACGCUACUUUAAGGAACUUCCCUUUUGUUUUCAAAACUUGAUGGUUUCCCCGUAGAAUUCUUGAUAUAAACGAAAUUAUCAGUGGUGCCUGAAUCACCAAACGAUAAGCUGUGUGUUCAAUUAUUAUUUCUUAGUGAUUACAAUCAUUAUGUGUUACUAAUGCUGUUUUUUUUUGUUUGGUUUUAGAUAAACUGGAUCGUCUAGUCAUUUUCCAACAAAUUAUUUUGCGAAAUACGCUGA